AUGAACAUUCCAUUUGCGCGCGUCCUUAAAAAAAUCGACAUACGCAUACAUUUGGAACCGAAACUUUUACGUUAUUCUCGAUCCAACGAACAUUCUAUCCAAAGUAGAUCGGGGGCGAAUAUCGAUUUAGGGUUGGCGAGUUGCGCGCUCGCCCCGCGCCCCUCAGUAGGGGCGGCGCUUUCGGCGGGCGCUCUUCGCUGUGUCGGCCGGCGCCCUGGCCGCUUGUCUCCUUCGGCGGCCGCGUCGUUCACAAUCGCCGACGGGGCGGGCUCCUUUAGAGCUCACGAGGGCGAACAAGACGUCGUUUUCGAGUUCGCCCCCCCGACCGAACAUACGGAUUCCGCAUCGACAGCACCCGCUAUGUGCCGGCCGCGUGCAUCGAACGCCCCCGCCCCGCAG